AUGCUGCGCCACGUGCUGUGCGUGUUAGCCCUCGCGCUGUGCUGCUGCACGACCUUGUGCGCGGCACUAAGUGGUGAUGGUGCAACUGAGGAGGCAGCUGCAGUGCAGCUUGUAGAUGGCGGCGCGAAGAUAGCGCUGACGGGGAAGAUUGAUGACAGCAAAUGCACUGCAGCUUCCCCCCCGGCUCCUGGUGAGACGAAGGAUGUUACGAUUUCCACUACGGUUACUUUGAAGGAGAGUGCAACACAAGAGACGACACAAACUGCGAAUGGUCCGUCUAAGGCAGUCAAAGUUCCCGCUGGGUACAGCAUAGCGCUGAAUACCUCAAGGGAGGUUAAAUGUACGAAGAAAGCCGGAACUACUUCCAACGCCGCUGAAGAAAACUGCCCAGCGGCGGAAACAACUGAUACCAACAGCAUCACUUAUGUUGUUACUGUAAUGUCCACUUCUUCUGACCAGCCUGCUGUCAAGAUUCCGGAGUCACAAAAAUAUGAAGUGAAGGUCCCAGCUGGGCACGAUGUGAAGAUCAUCGAGAACGUCGUGGCUACUUGCAGCCCGCCAGCUACAAGUGCGUCACCUCCUUCACAACAACCGAAGGUAAUUCCUGACCCACAAGGAAAGCGCCUGGCUGACAGCGGAUUGCCUAAGGUGGGCCCUACUUCACCCGAAUCUCCCCCACUUGAUGGCCAACCCAUCACAACAGAAGGAAACAAUCGGGAGACUCAGGAAGGAGCGGAACUUCAACGUGACAGCACCAAAUCACUUGACACCGCCACAAGCAGAGAGAAACUAAACGGUGCACGCACCGGUGGAGAAAAGGGCAGCGAUGCCAGCAACAAAGUCACUCCUCCAACUUCCAGCGAGGCAGAGGGCACAGAAACAGACAACUCCGUCACAGUGAGUGACGCCGA